GAGGAGACAACUUGAGGGGAUGCUCAGGCACGCAUCUUCAUAACGCUCAAUAAAAUUCAGCAGGUCACACUUUGAAAUCAUCGAUAGGGAGCUUUUGUGGAGGAUCCGUCCUUCAGUGGAUUUUAACACCAGAUUACCCAGCAGUAAGUUCUUCUCCUGUGGGAGGCUGAGGAAAUACAAAUAUGUGGAAAUCACAUGGGAGAUGUACCGAGUCACCUAUCAAGCGGCUUUGGAGACGCGGAGGCGGAUUAGGAGACUGUGCAGUUUUUUCCUCCUGGAGAAGGUGAAGACUCAUCUCUGGAGGAUUUAAACCUCAGCAGCAGCAGCAGCAUUGCCAGGCAGGAUGCAUUUUAGGCACACUUGGAAAUUUAAAAACUCGUGGAGAUACUUUGAGGAUUAUAAAAAUGUGCAGCAUGUCACUGCACAAGACACGUCCAGACCCAAAGCCCCGAGUCACUGAGAAAGUGGGAUAUGAUCCUCCUGGGCGCUCUGCAUGGGCACAGUGAGAUGCUUGCCGUGCCACAGAAGACGACGAGAGCAACCCAGCCUGCCUCCUCCUCAGUUCACCGACAGUUCACUCGGCUCCACGCUGACAGAAAUGACGCUAGACAGAAAAAUGCAAAUUUGACAAUGACAGCCGCAAAUGUUAACACCACUCUUCAAAAAAACUUCAGAUUUGGAGCAAUCCCUGGACCUUUAUGGAUGUUUGGAUGAGAUCUUUUACCGGAUAUGGAUCACAGGGACCUUCUCUGAUGCAGCAGGACUGUUUUGUUGGAAUAUUACGAUCAAGAGAGUGCGCUAGAUCUCCAGAUGGCAAAUAAACAGAAAGACCUGUCAGGUCCGUCAGGUCAGGCUGACCACGCCUGGGGAGAACAGCUGAUAAGGACACGUCACAGCAGUCAGAUGAAGCUACUUAGGAAGACCGCAGAUGACAGUCCAAGCAUGUCAAGACGUGACAAGUGCAAACAUGCUGCAAUGGUCCAACAAUUUCCAUGGGGAGAAAGGGGCUUGAAAUCAGAAAAGAUGCAAAUUCAAAAACAGAAUUAUAAGAAAUGCCCCCUUCUCUGUAGACCACAUUGCGGGAAGACCACCUUACAGGGAUUUUCCCCUUCAGCAGUUCCCAGCACCUACAUGACCAAAACCAAGAGUAUGAGAUCAACAUCCAUCCAGUGUCCGUACCACCUGUCAUGUUGGAGUCACCAGGGGACUGAUACCGAUCCCAUCUGUCAUAGGGCGAGAAGCAAGGUUUACUCAUGGACUGGCCACCAGCCAAUGACAGAACUGACAUAUGAAGCAACCAAUCAUGUUCACAUCUACGGGCAACUGAAGGUCACCAGUAAACCUAACCUGCACAGAGAACCAACGCAUGCUUGGGGAGAACAUGCAAACUCUGACACAGAAAAGUCCUGUCCAACAGGGAUUUGAACCACAAACCUUCUGAAAAGACGGUUCUUACUAGUGCACCACCAUGCAGUCUAUAGGGAGCUUGUUAUUGAUGGAGUAACAAACACAGUGUGUUUCAGCAUUAAAAUGUGUGCUUACAAUUCUUACCCCACAUAUACCCCAUAGAGAUGUACAGUUCCUACCAGAGGUAUUUACCCCCUUGGAUGUUUUACCCUUUGUUGAUUUUAUGAAUCAAUCAUGGUCAAUAUAAUUUGUUGUUUUUGACCAAAAACACAGACAAUUUCACAAAAAAAAGUCAACUGAAGAAAAAUACCCUCUACGUUAACAAGCUUUCCAGGGCCAACUGCCAAAGAGCAUCCCCACAGAAUGAUGCUGUCACUACUGUGCUUCACAGCAGGAGUGGUGUGUUUGGUGUCCGCCAAAAAAAGCGUCUAGUCUGAUAGCUUAAAAGCACAAUUUUGGUCUUAUCAGACCAAAGAACUUUCUCCCACUUGACCGUGGAG